AUGGGCAGUUGGCAGUCGUCGCAGCUGGCACAUGAAACUUCUCAACCUGAGGCAUCAAAAUUCAAUUGUCCAUAUCAGCCGAUUAAAGAUCAAUCUAAUGGAACAAAGAAAGAGGAUGUGACUAAAUCAAUAGCUUCUGAAUGCCCAAGACAUCAAGACAGAGAAAAGAGUGAGCAAAGUGGAUGUACUUCGAAAUCUGAAUUCAAUACGUUAAAUGCUAUGCCUCCGCCUAAUCAAAAACCUUCUCCUGGCCAGCCAUUUCCAUUAAGUAUCGAACGACAACGAUCUACGAUUCCGAAGGCUACAGAGGAUGGUUAUUGGGAAUAUCCGUCGGAACAAAUGUUUUGGAAUGCUAUGCUAAGAAAAGGAUGGCAGUGGAAGGAUGAUCAGAUUAGUGCAAAAGAUAUGAACAAAAUUAUCAAAAUUCAUAAUGCAAAUAACGAGGAAGUAUGGCGUGAAAUUUUGAAGUGGGAAAUGCUUUUACAUCCCGAAUGCACUUGUCCAAAGUUGAAAAAUUUCCAUGGCAAUGCUCAAAAGAUUUCUCCGCGAGCUCGAAUGAGACAGUUACUGGGAUAUGAUUUACCGUUUGAUCGGCAUGAUUGGACAAUAGAUCGAUGUGGGCAAAAGGAUGUUCAAUAUAUAAUUGAUUUUUAUGAUGGUGGUGCCGUUGAUCCGAAAUCGAAGUUAUUCACUAUAUUAGAUGUUCGACCAGCAUUCACGGAUUUGGGGAAUGUGUGGGAUCGGAUGGUUGUUGCGUAUUGGCGUUUCAAAUUUGAAACGUUGGGUAUUACUCCAAAAUUGCCCUUAUACGAGAAGAAACAAAAUCCUUAA